GAGUUUAAUUCACUUCAUAUCUCACUUGUGCCCCCCUAAAGUACAAUUUUAAUUUUCUGCACAAACCAACUAAAAAAGAAAGGCAAAACUUAAGUCAGUCAAAAUGCAAAUAAUUGUCAAGUCAUAGCAGCAUAAUGUGCAAGGAAAAUCAGCAAGGGUGCUGCUGGCACAAGUGAAUAAACUCAUGUGCUGCAGCUUUGCUAUGAAACAUAUAAAUUCAGGGUACAUUUUGGUUGGGAGAAUAGUAAGGUCAUUCUCGCCUUGUUCUUGGAUACCCCUUAUUACCUCCUUUCCUUGGAGGAAGGGUUAACCACAUCAUGUAGAUUUCCGAUUUUCACAUAUUGGUACAAAUGCAAGCAAAAUGGAUUCAUGUGCAACAUUAUUAACUCUAUGCAUUAUCAGAUCUAAGAUGAGAAGGAUUAAGUUAACAAGAAACUAUUCUUACCAACAAGGGUACCUAAAGAGAAAAAUCAGAUUGAGAUGGCUUUGGCAUACAUUUUCAUUUUUUCAACAUAAAAAAAAAAAAAACUGUCAAGAGUCAAGAGAUAUGCUGUCCUUAACCUGUAGAACCCAAGGCUUAAUUACAGUGACUCCAAGCAAACUAGCCGGAGUCCAACAAAGGAAAGCUUCUGAAUGAGAGGAAAACAAGUAGAACUAGAAUCCCUCUGGGAGGAAGUGAGGGAGGUCAGCCUAGGAAACUCCGUGGACCGCCUCCAUUCUUCCCCGACACCACUCCAAUUCCUCAGAGACUUUGUAUCCCAAAACAAACCCUGCUUAAUCUCGAACGCCAUCUCCCACUGGCCAGCCCUUUCCCUUUGGCCCACCCCUUCCUACCUCUCCACUUCCCUCUCCUCCUCCCUCGUCUCUCUCCACCUCACUCCCAAUGGCCAGGCCGACGCCCUGGCCCCCCACCCUUUGCACCCUUCCCUCUGCUUCGUCUCGGCCCACGUCCAACCCACCGCUUUCCCUCGCGCCCUUGACCUCAUCCGUCAACCUCCCAAUCAUUUGGUAGCCUAUUUGCAGCAGCAAAACGACUGCUUCAGAACCGAGUACGGUGAGCUCGAGUCCGAUUGCGAUGACCAUAUUCCAUGGGCUUCAGAGGCUUUAGGCUGCCUUCCGGAGGCCGUCAAUCUCUGGAUUGGAAACCAUCUAUCGGAGACUUCUUUCCACAAAGACCAUUACGAGAAUUUGUACGCCGUCGUUUCCGGGGAGAAGCAUUUUUUGCUACUUCCCCCUACUGACGUUCACCGCAUGUAUAUUUGGGACUAUCCAGCAGCUCGAUACUCCUAUUCCGAGGAGAGUGGAGAGUUCCUGUUGGAGCUUGAAGAGCCGGAGAGACGCGUGCCAUGGUGUAGUGUGGAUCCUUACCCUGCAACAGGGAGUGCGGAACAGGAGAGAUCGAAAUUUCCAUUGUAUUUUAAUGGGCCUAAGCCGUUUGAGGUUACUGUUAAGGCCGGAGAAAUUCUUUACUUACCAAGUAUGUGGUUUCAUCACGUUAGACAGAGUCCAGGAGACGGAGGAUGCACUAUUGCUGUAAAUUACUGGUAUGAUAUGCAAUUUGAUAUCAAGUAUGCCUACUUCAACUUCUUGCAAUCACUUCCUUACCAAUCAACUGAUGAUCAAACGAUACCAGAGAGUGAAUGUGAGGAUUUAGGAUAUCAUCCAUGUCACAACCAUUUAAGCAGUACGUUCUCUACUGAUGAAUCUGCCACAAACAAUGUGGAGGUCAAUAAAGACCAUGAAGAUGUGUAAGUGCUGACCUUUCAUCUUGAUAGUUGUAUGUUUGUGCGAUUCUUUUGAGGCAGGGAACUUGAGAUAUCUCAAGGACCAAUGAGGACUGCUGCGGGCUGCCUUAUGUCAACAUGACCAAAGUUUUGAUGAAUUCUCAAAGAAAACUGGUGUCUGCUACCUGAAAGUGGCAUCAUUAGGUAGCCAUAGAAACUUUGCGUAGGUGGUCCCAAUGACCUCAACUGAACAAGGUUGUAGAUCAUGAAAGCCUCGUUCAUAUGCAGAGUGAGGUUUGGUUGUAGUAGCAUAUAAUUGUUCUGGGUAUUUAACUGACAGAGAUUCAUGGGAAGUUGGUAUGGAUUUUAUUUUGUGAAACUUUCUCAGGAACACAUUGAUGACACUGAAUCUUAAUAUUUUGUCAAUGGUUUACAGAUUUUACAAUUUCAACGAGUGACCUCACACAUUCCUCUUUAGCUGUUGUUGCAAAUCAAUCCGCGUGCUUCCAUGGCCUGAUAGUAACAAAAUAAAGCUUUGUUAUAGUCCGCCUUGGUACAUAAUUUGAUUUUUUCUUUUUUUAUCUGGUAACGUGUAAGCCUUAAAAUUGUAAUUUUUUUGUUAAACGUAGUUGCCAAAUUGUACAACAUAAAGUCCUUUUUAAUAAGCAAUUCAAAUAUUUAUACAU